GUUGUUUUUGAGGGAACCGCAUGGAUCGCCCCUGAAACGUUGCUUGAAGUUGAAAACGUUGCUUGUGCCCCGCCAACAGAUCACUUGAACCCUGCCUCUUUCACGACACACCUGAGACGGGCCGCCCACUCGCUCUCUUCCGCUGGGUGGGGCACCAAAACAACAGGUGAUCGCGAGAUCUCGGUGAGUGCAUAAUGGUGAUUCUCAGAAAGUUUUAAUUUUCGGUUUUGCCUUUAAAGCGGAGAAGGAUUAAUACCACAAGAGUCAGUAAAUAUGAGCCAGCCAUCAAGACCUCACAGGGGACAAAGAGAAAGAAACGGCGACCACCGCGAGCAAAGGGCCCGGAGGGACCAGCACAACGGACGCCCUCCUAGCGACAGGUCAUCCCAGCCUCCGUACUAUCCCAAAAUGGCCCGGGAGGCCCCCAGGGAGAACCCAGAGGGGUCCAAAUGCACCCACAUCUGUUCCAGGAGAGGCAUCGUGCUGAUCUGCGCAGUGCUGACCAACGCCCUGGUGCUGAUCUGUGUGGUGGCUGCGCAGAUGGUGAUGUCUGGCAUGUCGGCCAUGGGGGGCCUGUCGGCGGGCAGCUUCAGCAUCAACUCCGCCUACAGCCCCUUCGAGGGCACGGAGCUGCAGCAGGUGCGCGACCUGGACAUGCAGUACAGCCAGAUGCGCUCGCCCGGCAUCUACGGGGGUGUGGCCUUCAGCCUGACCAUGGGCGUCAUCUCCCUGCUUUUCGUGGUGUCGGGGAACCGGCCGGCACACCUGCUCUCACCCAAGCUGCUGGCGGGGCAGUUCUUCUUCCAGCUGGUGGGCGCCGUGGCCUACGUGGUGGCCGUGGGGCUCUACCUGCACUUUGUUAUCAAGGUGAACGCCACAGACGUCUGCCAGCAGAGGGCGCGGCUGUACGCACGGCAGGGCUACACCUGGAUGAACUGCGACGUCGGGGGCGCCGACGCCGCCGUGGCGCUCUUCGGCCUCAUCACUGCCAUCCUCUACGGCAUCGGCUGCGUGCUCACGGGUCAGACGAUCCGCAGGGUGAGGAGCUACCGGCAGGAGAGGGAGCGCUACGAGGCGACCAGGCGGAACCAGGGCGAUGGCCACCGCUCCGCCAACCCCCAGAGGGCGCCGCUGAGAUCCGACACUACGCCCGUGUGACGGCCACGCUGCACAAAUUUCUGAAAAAUGACUCUUGCCUAAUUUUAAACCAUCCAGUGUAUGAAUUGUAAGACAUACUGUAUUUCUUUACAACUGUGAGACUUGCAUCAACUUUUAAACUUGUUUUAAUUUCACUUUCAUCGUGUUUGUCUUGUACAG